CUGGGGAGCGGGAGCGCGGCGCGGCGCGGGGCCGCGGCCCGUCCUCGCCAUGUCCUCGGAGCGGCGGCCGGGCGGCGGCGGCGAGGGCAUCAAGUUAUCAGCAGAGGUCAAACCGUUUGUACCCAAACAUGCAGCGGUAACUGUGGCAUGGUCAGAACCCUCAGCAGCAUGUGUCUUUCCUAGGUACUUAACUACAUGCUACCCGUUUGUUCAGGAACCAGCUUUGGAUAAUGUUGUGGGAGAUCCUACGCUCAGUGAAUACUCCAGCUGCUCUUAUUUGCCUGAUGUUGUUUCAAGUGUAUAUCCAGUAGCAAGCUCGCAAUAUCAUUCUAACAACUCUACAUACUAUAAUAGUUCCAGAACAGUCAGUGAAUCUGCUGAACAAACAUGUCUGAUCAGACCAGAAAGUAAGAACAUUUCAAAGCAGAGGAGGUCGAAAGAGGGUAUGAAAAAAAUAGACAAGAAAAGGCAUGGUGGAGAUGACUCUUCUGGCAGAAUUGUGAACAGGACUUCUUUCCAGACCUCUGCAUGCAGCAGAGAUUCCAUGAAACCAGACAGGUUCAAUAAAGCUACAAACAGGAAGUCAACACAAACUCCAAAAAGAGAGAGUCUUCCUGUACCCACCAUUGAAGCUCCAAUUUUGGAUUUCUCCAAGUCACAGAGUUUGGGAAGCAGUGAGGUAUUGGAUGUACAGUGUAGAAACGGAUCAGUAUGUUCAGCAGAAAAUAACAUUAUGUGCCUUAGUCAACCACUGAAAACACAGACCUCUCCGUUGUUCAACACAGAGGAAGAUAUUUCUGUGGAAAGCAAAGCUCCAUCAAAAACCAAUGAACCAGUAGCCAGUCUAAUUCCUUCAUCAUUUGAUGGUAGAGCACUUCCUCAAACAUCUGCAGAUGGUUCUGCUCAGCCACAUGUGUCUUGGGCCAUGGUUCUUUCACAGCCCCCAAAGAAAAUUUUGUCAUCGCCAGCAUCUGAAGGUCUUUCCAGAAGCAGAGGGAAGCAGGAUAGUCAGGCAAAGUUAGAAACAAGAAAUGAUGCUAGUGAAACCGAGCCUGAAGACGGGUCAGAAAAGAAGAAGAAAAAGAGAAAAAAGAAAAAGAAACCUAAAUCAUCCACUGAAGUAGAGAAACCUCAAAAUGAAACUACUACUGUACAGGAACCACCAAGGAUUGAGGAUGCUGAAGAAUUUCCUGAUCUGACAGCAGCUUCUGAUAGGAGAAGCAGAGUGGGAUCUCAGAAGUCAUCAUUUUCUCCUGCUGUCAGAAAGGAGUCUGAAGUCGAUCUCCGCGAAAUGUCCUGUGAUAGUCAUUCUCCCAAGCUGGAUGGAACACCCAAGGUGGAUGGAGUAUCAGGGAAGCAAACUGUAUCUGUUGCAUUAGAAAGAAAGAAAAUGCAGGAAACACCUAAGAGCAGUGGGAAGAAGAGUCAAAUUCCUGUGCAGUUGGAUUUGGGUGGCAUGUUGGCAGUCUUGGAGCAGAAACAGCAAACAGGGAAGUCAAAACAGUCUUCUAAACCUGUGGUGUUUACAGUUGGUGGUGCCAUACCAUUGCUUUCUAAAGAACCUUCUACAGCAACAAAAAAUCAUCGGUUAAACGAAGGAAAGAUGCCUCAUAACCCUUUGGAUUCCAGUGCUCCUUUGGUAAAGAAAGGGAAGCAGAGAGAAGUUCCUAAAGCAAAGAGACCAACACCUCUUAAAAAGAUUAUUUUAAAAGAAAGAGAACAACGAAAACAGCAGCACCUGUUAGAACAGACAGCAGUAUCAAAGGAUGGAGAUAACAUUUGUCAGACUGUAGAAAAUACUAAUGAAGAUGAAACACUUCCACAGGAUAGCCAAGCAGCUGUUCCUGUAACACAAGUUGCUGUGGCUCAGAACAACUCUGAAGGAUUGCUGGAGGGCCCAGGGAUCAAGGAUUUUACAGAAAGCUCUACAGCUUCAAAGCAGCUAAACUCCAAUCUUCCGAAAAUCCACAGUAGGAGAUUUAGAGAUUAUUGCAGCCAGGUACUUAGUAAAGAAGUUGACAGUUGUGUGACAGAUCUCUUAAAAGAACUGGUUCGUUUCCAAGAUCGCUUGUAUCAGAAAGACCCAGUAAAGGCCAAGAUAAAACGCCGUCUUGUUAUGGGGCUUAGAGAAGUUUUAAAACAUCUGAGGCUGAAAAAGCUCAAAUGUGUCAUCAUCUCUCCUAACUGUGAAAAGAUUCAGUCAAAGGGUGGGUUGGAUGAGACCCUACACAACAUUAUCGACUGUGCCUGUGAACAAAAUAUCCCGUUUGUCUUCGCCCUUAACCGCAAGGCUCUAGGCCGCUGUGUGAAUAAAGCAGUGCCUGUGAGUGUGGUUGGAAUUUUUAGCUAUGAUGGGGCUCAGGACCAUUUUCAUAGAAUGGUGCAGCUGACCACAGAGGCCAGGAAGGCGUACAAAGAUAUGGUAGCAGCUUUAGAGGAAGAAGCUGAAGGAGGAUUAAGUGAAAAACCCUCCAGCAUCUCAGCCACUGAAAAUGAAAAAAGUGGCGUAUCAGAAACCAGUCAAACAUCUUCCAGAGACUCUGAUGAGGAUGUACCAAAUUAUAUUAAAAUCUGGAAAAAAAAGCUUGAAGAAGAAUAUAACCCUUAUGCCUUGGAAUUGGAAAAGAGUGCAACCACUGACGUGCUGGCGUUGAAUUCAGAAGAGCAUCAGUAAAUCCAGAUUCAAUUCUAUGAGACUUUUUUUAAUAGCCAUGUAAAUACUGAAUUAUCUAAAAUUAAAGAUUCAGGUAGGAAGAGGGCAUAGAGCAAAUUAAGAUAACUUAAGAACUGUCUGAAGUCAGCUAAGUAAAAUGUUCUAACUCUCUUUAAGCAAAAUGUACACUGGAGCACAUAAGCACUGACUAAUUCUUUUAGGUUUCUGUGUACUUGGCUGGUUAGUAUAGCGGACUAUAAUAGUAAACAAAUUGUCCUAACCCAGAACCACUUGAACUGGCGUGGUUACUUGUAAUGGUUUAAUGACUUAGCAUUGGCUUGUUAGUGGUACUAUAUGCCAAAAGAACUUGCUAGAAAUGAGGUUUUCUUUGGGAAAGUGAUUGGGUUUGAGGUGUUCUGCUUUCUACUUUUAAGUAAGUCUUGCUUAAAGAAAGAACUUACUUAAACCUUAAACUGAUGCAGGAGGGAGUUGACAUAGAGCUGCUAAGGUGGGCAGGCUGGCAUCAGUGUCACUCUCUUCCAGUAGGCAAGAAAUGCAUUUUAGGCAGGCAGCUUGAUUGAAACUAAUUAAGGAAAGCCAUGAUGACAGAAUUCAGUUAGCUCUUUAGCUGUGAUGCCUUGUUCUUCUGCGGGAUCAUACAGCAGGUAUAAGGGAGACAGCACAGACUACAAAGGUCUGCUACUAUAACAAGUUUAGUAUAGGUCCUGCCUUGAAUUUAGAGGAUGUUGAAGGUCAGGAAAGAGGCCAGUCUGCUCUCUCUGCUUCUCCACUCAUGCAGAUUCCUCUGUGCUCCAUUUUGGGGUUCUGUCAUUGUAUAAAUGUAAGAAAGAGGAGUUUUUAGUCAAUCUUGGUUUGCAUCUAAGGUAGGGAAAUUUUAUAUAGGAUAGAAACUUUGUAAAACUAAACAAGCACAUAAUGGUGGUAGAGCGUAUUAGGGGGAACUCCCUAUAUAAAUACUAUUGUUUACAGCUUGCACACAUCAGAUGAUAAGCCUAGAGAGCUCCCUUUUCUGCAGUGGAGGAUACAUAUGUAAGUUCUAUCAAGCAUUCUGAAAGAUGGUAUUGAUGCCUGGUGCUACAGCCAGCAGCUCUGAAGUAUGUUUGUAAAUGCUUUACCACAAUUACUUGCUUGCUUACUUAGCAGUUGUAGUGCAAUACUUCAGAAAGUAGCUGUCCUGUGAAGCUAGAGGUGAUAUGUACACACGCAUACACACACACAUGUAUAUAUAAAAACCUAUAAAUAAUUUUAAAGUUCAAAGAAUUUUGUAGAAUGUAAGAAAGAUGUAUAAAUAAUCUGCUAUAAUAUAUUGAUUCUAUAAAGUAUGGUUGAAGUGCAAUUCUUUGUGACUUAAGUAAACUCUUCUGGUGGGUAGUUAGUGGAUAUCUGAACUGUGAGCUUUGAGGAAGAACAUUCUUAGAGAAAAUGAACCGGUAUUGGGCUGAAAUGCAGAGUUGUUCAGUAGUUGCAAUGUCUUUUUUGGUAUUAGUUUCACCUAAUCUUAAAUGGAAAUUGAGGACUAAAGAUCUCAGUGAUGAAGGAUGGUUUUGGCUGGCAGGAGAUAUCCUUGGUCCCAAGGUAGGUUGCUGUUUGUUGGCACUCAUGACACUGAUGCACAUUUAAAGCUGCUAAUUUUUUUUUUCCUAGUCACUGCAUGGUAGCAUUGAAUGAUAGUUGGUGGAGCAUGCACGUCCUGAUGUUUUGCUGUAUUUCCUGUACAGCUUUUGUCUUAUCCUAGAGGAGCAUUCGGAACGACUUUGGAAGCAUUAUGGCUUGUCAAAAUCUUAGCCACUUUCUAAGGGGCAUUCACUGUAUGGGUCUGUUUACUAAUUCUGUUAAACAGAUGUUUUUUCAUAACGACUUCAGAGGCAUUUGUAUAUAAUCUCCUACUGAAAUUGUCUUAUGCAGAUUAAGAAUGUGUGAUGAAGCCAAAACUGAUUUGGCCCACACAUGUAGGCCAAAGAAAUGAGAAUUAGAAAAAAGAGCCUGUGAUCUGCUUAAUUACAGGUGUAGAAAGCUUUGCUUUCUUGUUAUGGCAGGUUUUAUUGGUAACAAUUCUGCUAGUGUAUUAAGGCUAGGCUCUCUGCUGCACCAGAGCUAAGGAUCAGAGGGCCUCUGACACCUCGAGCAAUAAGAUAAAUUGUUCUGUUUGCAAAGAAUGGAGCAAAAUAAAUUGAAGAAUAAAUUAAUUUAAGAUUGAGGUAAUAUCAGAAAAAGCUAAUGGAUAUAAAAUAGUGUGAUCUAACAGAUGUACCCACUCUGAUUGUUAGCACCCUUUUUUCUUCAUAGUGGUUCCUCACCUCUACUAGGUUAGCGUUCUGAUUGUCAGCAGUUUGUAUGCCUCAUAUACCUUGCAAAAAGUAGAGAUACAUGAAAGAACAGGCAACCAAUUUCUACUACUUAUGAUCCUUCUUUGCAAUGACAAGGCAAAGCACAGCUAUGCUUAACCAAAAAUCUCUCACCUCGGUCUUGUAAAGGUGUGAGGUAAAGGUACCUUCUUAUUCAGCAGCACAAAGCCAAAUUUAAAUCUGUUGAUUUAAUUAGUUGAAUAAAUGAAAGAGAAACAAUUUAAGAAAAAUCUUUUUUUUUUAGUUGUCCCUCAGUCAAAAAAGAUGUCAUAGGCAGAAACAAAAUGAACAAAAUAGUUCCCACUGAAUCUUGAACCAGCAUUAAUUUGUGAUUGUUAAUACGAAAAACAGGGAAAAUGGUUUUUGUGUAAGUGUUUUCACCCUGCAUGCAUGACAGUAAGGUGGUCUGGCAUUGAAAAAUGGGUCAUUCAGAAAAGUCUAAAAAUUAAGGUUUAGGAGGGAGAGAAUAUUUUCUUUAUAGUGAGAAACAAACCAUCUAAUUUAAAUCUUACCAGUUUGGGAUUAGCGUAGGGAUAAGCAUGAAGCUUUCCCUUAUUGCCUGUGGCUCAAUCUGUAGUGAUUCUUAGGUAAGCACAAUAUCUUACUUCCAGGUUUCUGAAGACCAUUGAUAAAGAGAGAAAACUUAAACUGUGCCUCAAACUUUUUAUUUAUUGGUUGUGGAAAGACAAAACUGAACAGCAAUGCAGUGGAAUAAGUAGGGCCCCACAUUACAAUUUGCAGUUGUUCACUAAGAAUAAGUGAACUUGAUACAAUUUCAGUCUUAAAAUUCAUUGAACAUGCAGUUGUUUAAAACAAUUACCUCAAAUUUUGAAGAAUAAUUUGCAGUAACUAAACAGUCUGCUUUAACUUGCAUGCUUUGUAAGCCACCUCUGUUUUGAGCACUUGUCAUAAUUUUCUUUAUUUGGUACAGAAACUUUUGUGACCAAAAGGUUUUGGAACAGCUAAGUUAAAUAUUAAAUGAACGUGCUGACACCAGAAAGGAAUGCUCUUUAAAACACUGGGAACAGGGUUUAAGGGUAAACGUAUUUAAAAAUAAUAACAAAUGGGACUGUGGAAGUGCCUUUAAAUAAAUGCGAUCCAAAUUUUA